AUGGCAGGUGAAGAAGAUGCAACACAACGAGAGGAAACCAACGGUGUGCCAACGGAGGACUCAGCCCAUCCGGAAGCAGAGUUAUCGAGGGCAACGGAACCCAACUGUGAUACCAAUGUGUCGCCAAACGCAAAAGGGUUGGAUCCACUAACGGUCCAAAGGGAACGUCGAAGAAGGCCAACGACCGCUCAGGAUGAGGAGUUGCGAUGGGCGAAUUUGAAGACAGUUCUCCGCGGGGAUGAAUCAACGCUAACGCACCGUACAGCAAGAGACGCGUGGAAAAUGUCCGACCACUUCGUCCUAAGCGAAGCCAAUAUGCUAUAUAAUGUGGGAGCGAGGCCUCUGAGAAGUGGCCAACAAGCGAUGCUGCGUCUAGUAGUACCCUCAACGAUGAUUCAGGAGAUACUACAGAACUGUCAGGACUCGUUGGAAGGAGGUCACCAAGCUAUCGUACGCACUUUCUACAGAGUGAAACGGGACUAUUACUGGAUCGGUAUAUACGCAGACGUGGGGAAGCACGUGCAGUCCUAUCCCGACUGUAGCUCAAGCAAAAGUCAACCGAAGAUCCGCGUCAUUUCGGUGGAUUUUGUGAUUCCCUUACCGAAGUAUCGGUGGGGCAACACAGCGCCAUUACUGUUUCAAUGCGCAUUUACGGGAUUCGUGAUGGGCAAAGCCAUGGCAGACACGACUGCUCUGAGAGUAGCUUAA